AUGAAAUUAUUUGAAAAUUUGGAAGAGGAGGCAUUGCUCACAAUGGUGGACAAAUACUGUUUGCAACCAGUUCAUAAUGCUUUCGAAUCAAAUAACAGGAAGUUCGACGCUGCGGCUGUUAAUGAAAAAGUGAUCAUUGAUAAACUGAUUGAUCUUUAUCCUAAUUCCGUUGCUACACAAUCCGUUGCAAUACUUGAUGCAUUGAUCUAUAAAAUGAGUGCUCCGUACAGAAACGCUAAGUUUUGGAGGUUUACUCGUCAUGUUUCGAAAGAAUUAAAUAAGUUGAAUGCUCUGAAACUCAAUAAAUAUUUGAAAAAUAUUUCAAAGGAUAUGUUGAAAUCAGAGAUGCGUUACAGUUUGAAUAUUUGUGCAAAACGAUACAUAGCAACAAUGCUGAUACGCAGGGCAGUUCGUACUUGCAGGCUUCGAAAACUUUGUGAGCAGGCUGCCGUCCAUUGUCUUCAGCAUAUACAAACUGGAUAUUUGUUGCAGUCAAAUUUACUGCUACUGGCACUGAAUGCUGAUAUUUAUCAUGAUCUCAAGAAGAAUAUGGCUAAAAUAGUAGAAUGUUACGAUUGCUUGCAGUCAUUUCUUACUGAUUCUACUUUGCUGCAUGUCAGAAGAUUGUUGAUGGUAGCAAAUAAUGAGUUUGAAAAUAGCACAUUUCUGUUUUCAUCACAGGAUUACUUUCGCCCGAUUGCUUUAAUAUGUGGUAUUGAGGAAAGCGAAUAUAUUGAUUUAUUAGCUUCCACUGGUACAACGAGGAAAAGCAAACGGAUGUCAACAUAUCAUGAAGGAGACUAUAACCACCAUUUCAGUAAUCGUCUCAGUAGUCAUAUCUUCACCUCUAGUUAUAAACAGUUGGUCACCGAAAGUAUAAUACUAACUAUAGUCAUUUACGGUGUAAUUAUUCUAAAGUUUCGCAAGCGAAAACAUACAUGGCUAACGCAACAGCAAAAAGAGCGAAUAAUCAAGGAAUGGAAACCGGAGCCAUUGGUACCUGAAAUUCCCGCGGAACAUCCAGCCUUGCAAACACAUUACUUUUAUGGGAAAGUGAGCAAAUUUGUCAUCUACGAUGGUAAAGAAUAUUUGAAUUUGGCAACAACGAAUUUUUUAGGAUUGAUCGGAGAUAAAACGAUUGAGAAAGAGGCAAAAGAAGCCAUUUCGAAAUAUGGUGUUGGUUCAUGUGGACCACGUCAUUUUUAUGGUACAGUGGAUGUACAUCUUGCAUUAGAGAAACAACUUGCCGAUUUCCUGGGAUGCGAGGAAGCGGUACUCUAUAGUUAUGGUUUCGUAACUAUUUCUAGUGCUAUACCAGCAUAUGCAAAAAAGGGAGAUGUCAUUUUUGCAGACAAAGGAGUGAAUUUUGCAAUACAAGAAGGACUCAAAGCAUCUAAAAGUCGUAUCGAGUGGUUCAGUCACAAUGACAUCAGUGAUCUGGAGAGGUUAUUAAUGGAACAGGCCGAGCGUGACCGUAAAUUUCCAAAGUUGGCAUCAAAAACAAGACGAUUUAUGGUGGUUGAAGGACUUUACAUGAAUAGCGGUGACUUGUGCCCAUUGCCUGAACUUAUGGCUCUGAAAUGGAAAUAUAAAGUACGGAUCUUCAUCGAUGAGUCAUUGUCCAUUGGUGUUAUUGGCAAAACAGGAAGAGAACUCUUUAUCAUCAACACAAAUGCUGAUGGCUAG